AUGAAAGAGAGAUGGCUGACCGCCAAGAAGUUUAAACUUUGCUACCGUUGCUUAAAUAUUGGCCAUCGAGGAAAGGACUGCCGGAGUAAGAGCAGUUGUAAUUUGAAUGGCUGUCAAGGCACCCAUCGUUUUCACUUGCAUUUCCAGAAACCGCAAGAAUCGGAAACAGGAACGAAGGUUGAGCAAAAGCAAGGCUACACGUCCAAGCACACCACCGAAAAGAACUCCACGGCGCCUGGUGCGGUGCUGCUGCGUACCGUCCCUGUGUGGCUUCACGGCAAAGAUGGAAGAAGAAUGCAAGUGAAUGCGUUUCUAGACGACGGAUCAGACACCACUUAUCUACGCUACGACGUUGCUGUUGCACUCGGAUUACAGACUAAAGAAAAGCGUUUAAAGAUAUCAACUCUAACCGAUACUGACGUUGACGUAAAAAGCCAUAAAGUUACUGUCGACAUCGAGAGCGUAGAUGAACAAAAGAAGGCGACCAUUUGCGCAUGGACCCUGGAAGAGAUGUGUAAGGGAUUCCAAAUACCAGAGUGGAAUCGCUACAAGGAGAAGUGGGAUCAUCUGAGAGAUAUUUCCUUCCCAAAGUUACCAGGAAGAAACGUCGUGGACAUUUUAAUAGAGGCUGACAACGCAGAGUUAACUCUAUCGCUGGAAGAAAGGAUCGGUGAGCCAGGUCAUGCUGUGGCAAGAAAAACGCCGCUAGGAUGGACAUGUGUAGGUAGACUGCCAGAAGUUCAAAGCCAGGAACAUACCGCAUACGCAAGAUCCUACAAAGCCCAAGUGACUGCGAACGUCUGUCUAGAUGAAGACUUACGCCGAAUAUGGGAAGAUGAUCUGCUCGGAGUCUAA